UCCUCCUCUCCUCGGAUCUUGGUGCAGCUCUUCUUCUUCUUCUUCGUCGACAGCAUGGCAGCCGGCAGCGCAUGGAGGUCACUGGUGACCCAGGUGGGGGGGGCCCUAAGAACCCCCCUAAGGACCCCCGCUCUGUCCAACGCCUCCUUCUCCAGAGGGAUGCAGACCGUCACUUUGAUUCCCGGUGAUGGAAUCGGUCCAGAGAUUUCCAACGCCGUCAUGCAGAUCUUCGAUGCCGCUAAGGCUCCCAUCCGGUGGGAGGAGAGGAACGUCACAGCCAUCAAAGGUCCAGGCGGAAAGUGGAUGAUCCCGCCUGACGCCAAAGAGUCCAUGGACAAGAACAAGAUGGGCCUGAAAGGACCCCUGAAGACGCCCAUCGCGGCGGGCCACCCCUCCAUGAACCUGCUGCUCAGGAAGACCUUCGACCUGUACGCCAACGUCCGGCCCUGCGUCUCCAUCGAGGGCUACAAGACGCCGUACACCGACGUGGACCUGGUCACCAUCCGGGAGAACACGGAGGGCGAGUACAGCGGCAUUGAGCACGUGAUCGUGGACGGCGUGGUCCAGAGCAUCAAGCUGAUCACAGAGAUCGCCAGCAGACGCAUCGCAGAGUACGCCUUCGAAUACGCCAGGAACAACCAGAGGAGCAGCGUGACGGCAGUGCACAAGGCCAACAUCAUGAGGAUGUCUGACGGCCUCUUCCUCAGGAAAUGUCGGGAGGUGGCUGAGAACUACAGAGACGUCAAGUUCACCGAGAUGUACCUGGACACCGUCUGCCUGAACAUGGUUCAGGAUCCCACCCAGUUCGAUGUCCUGGUCAUGCCCAACCUGUACGGAGACAUUCUGAGCGACCUGUGCGCCGGUCUGAUCGGAGGACUCGGCGUGACGCCCAGCGGGAACAUCGGCGCCAAUGGAAUCGCUAUCUUUGAGUCGGUGCACGGCACGGCCCCCGACAUCGCGGGGAAGGACCUGGCCAACCCCACCGCCCUGCUGCUGAGCGCCGUCAUGAUGCUACGCCACAUGGGUCUCCAUGACUACGGCAACAAGAUCCAGACGGCCUGCUUCGACACCAUCAGAGAGAAGAAGGUGCUGACGAAGGACCUGGGAGGAGAUUCCAAGUGUUCCGAGUUCACCGCUGACAUCUGCCGCCGGAUCCAGGACAUGGACUGAAGCUGCUGUUGGCAGAAAAACGGAGGGGGCGGAGCCUCUGAUGGGGACAGGGGGCGGUCCUAAACAUUCACACACGCACAAAGUUUGACCUGACCAAGAACCAGAAUGUACUGUAUCAACAGUUUUUCAUCAGAAAUACAGUCAGCUCUGUUGUUGCAUAUUCACUCCUUUUUUAAUGUUAGCAGCUGAACUGUUCGUUUAUUUAUUGUUUCCAAAUCCUGCUGUCUUAUCUUCCUCUGACAAAUAAUAGACAAAUAUUAAAGUCUCUGAACUAGU